AUCCCGGAAGUACCUGCUGCAGCAGUCAACAGAUCAAAUUAAAACAUGUCAAAAACAGUUGAUCCAUUGACACUGAUUCGGCAGACUUUAGAAAACAAAGGACAUGGUGCCAGUCAUGUUUUUGUUGUUUUUGGAGCAUCAAUACCGGAUAUAGACUUUAAAGGAUAUAUAUAUUAAGUGCAUUCAACUUAAUGUACAGUCGAUAUUUACAAGAGCUAGCUAUGACUUCUAAGGAAAUUAGCAAAAUGUUUGUGCAGUUAGGGAACAAAACUGGCCCUAACGUGUUUAUUGUGAUUGGAGCAUCAGGUGAUUUAGCAAAAAAGAAAAUCUAUCCAGUAUUAUGGGCCCUGUUUAAAGAUGAAUUGUUACCAAAGGAGACAUAUAUUAUAGGGUAUGCCAGAAGUAAACUCUCCUUAGAGGAUCUACAGUCAAGAUGGGCUCCAUUCUUAAAGGUGUCAGAGGAAGAGCAAGAAAAGUACAAAGAGUUUGUAAAGAUCAACAAAUAUUGUGCCGGUCAGUAUGAUAAGACAAGUGACUUCAGUCGUCUUGAUAAAAUGAUUAACGAUGUCGGCAACUGUAACAGACUGUUUUACUUGGCACUGCCUCCCUCUGUUUAUGAGACUGUUACCUUGAAUUUAAAAGCUACUUGCAUGUCGAAAAGCGAUAAAUGGACACGAGUUAUAAUAGAGAAACCAUUUGGCCGUGACCUUGAAACUUCAGAGCAUUUGUCCAAUCAUCUAUCAUCAUUGUUCCGUGAGGAAGAAAUCUACAGAAUCGAUCACUACCUUGGCAAAGAAAUGGUCCAAAAUCUCAUGGUUUUAAGAUUUGGGAACCGGAUUUACAGUCCCAUUUGGAAUAGAGAUAGUAUAGCAUCAGUUGUGAUUAGUUUUAAGGAACCAUUUGGAACACAGGGCAGGGGAGGCUACUUUGACGACUUUGGUAUUAUCAGGGAUGUGAUGCAGAAUCAUUUGUUACAACUGUUGACCUUGGUUGCCAUGGAGAAACCACCAAGUACAGCAGCAGAAGACAUCCGUAAUGAAAAGGUUAAAGUAUUAAAGAGUGUGCCACCUAUAACUAUGGAUAAUGUUGUACUUGGUCAGUAUGUAGGUAACCCGGAUGGGAAAGAUGACGAGAAACAGGGGUACCUUGAUGACCCAACUGUCCCUGCAGGUUCAGUGACACCAACGUUUGUGACGGCAGCAUUAUUUGUACGCAAUGAGAGAUGGGAUGGUGUUCCAUUCAUACUUAGAUGUGGAAAAGCUUUAAACGAACGCAAGGCUGAAGUACGGAUACAAUUCAAGGAUAUGCCAGGUGAUAUAUUUAGUGAGGGCAAGGUGAAACGCAAUGAGCUUGUAAUACGGGUGCAGCCCAAUGAGGCUGUGUACAUGAAGAUGAUGACAAAGAGCCCGGGCAUGAGCUUCGACUGUGAGGAGACAGAGUUAGAUCUGACAUAUGGUAGUAGAUAUAAGGGAGUUAAAAUGCCAGAAGCAUACGAGCGCCUUAUUUUAGAUGUAUUCACCGGGUCCCAGAUCAACUUUGUACGAUCUGACGAGUUGUACCAGGCGUGGAGGAUAUUUACUCCACUGUUACAUCAGAUGGAGAGCGAGAAACCCAAACCAAUCCCGUAUAAAUAUGGAAGUCGAGGUCCAAAGGAGAGUGAUGAUUUAUUUGCAAACAAUAAUUUCACCUACACGGGGACGUACAAGUGGUCACCAAGUAAAAUAUGAGUAUUUCUACAGUCCACCAUUUACCAAAUGCUAUGGAUGCGAACAUUAGGAAUAGUUUUGCAGCAUUCAACAACAACUGGCUGGCACUGAAGAUGAUAACCAGUGUAGUAAUUUUUUUAAAUACAUGAUUUGAUACAUUUUUAUUUGCCAGUGAAUCAAAGGUCCUGAUUGUUUGUAGAGAAACAAACACUGAUUGUUUAAAGCUUUACAAAAUGCAGUUAUUGUGUUGAUAUAUCAAAGUCAUGAUGGAUGGUUAACCAACUAAUUCUUAUUGAUGAUACUUAAAACUGACUGGUUUAAGUUAUUGAACAUGUAGUUUGUUCUUGUAAUCAUGAAGAUAACUGCUGCAUAGAAUAUUUCCUGAGCAAAUUUUCACAGAGGAGACCUGAUUUAAUGUUGCUGACUUCUGUUUACGCAUGAGAUCUGUCUUACUAUGAUAUUUUUAUGUGAGGCAUUGCUAUAAAACUAUCUAAGAACUAUCACACUGUGACUGUAUAUUUUACUGACUGAGGUUAAAACAGGCUGUGACUGUAUAUGUGACAUCCUUUGUAUUUGUGACAAGUUGUGACUAUAUAUGUGACUGUAUGUGUGACAGGCUGUGACUGCAUAUAUGAUGGGCUGUGGCUACUUAUGUGACAGACUGCCUGUUUAUGUGACAUGCUGUUGCUGUAUAUGUGACAUGCUGUGACUAUAUUUGUGACAGGCUGUGGCUAUAGAUGCAACAGGCUGUGACCUUAUAUGUGACAUGCUGUGACUGUAUAUGUGACAGGCUUUCACUGUAUGUGUGACAGGCUGUUACUGUAUGUGUGACAGGCUGUGACUGUAUAUGUGACAUGCUUUGACUUUAUAUGUGACUGACCUUGGCUGUUUAUUUGAAAAAUACUUUUGAUUUAAACUACUCUCAGAUUUGAACUGUCUUACUUUGUUAAAACAGCAUUAAACUUUGAUUUAGUGUAGAAUUAUGUCACAUUUGAAAAGUAUUUAUAUGUGCAAUACUGAUGAUAUUCAUCAUCUGGAGAUGAAAUGUGUAUACUAUCUGUGAUUCGCUCAAGAAUUUAUCUUGAAGUAUUCCAGUAUUUUGUUAACACAUAUUUCAUUUUCAAAAAGGUAUUAUUAUACCAGCAGCUGUCAGACCUCAGUUAAAGUCCCAAUAAUUGGUUUACCCCAUAGGUUCUGCUAACUAGCCUUGUUUCAUUUAAUGUCUGAAUACAGGAAUUUCCCCAUGUGCUUUACUAACUGGCCUGAUCUCAGUUAAUGUCAAAAUGAUGGAUUUUCCCCAUAUGCUAUGCUAUCUAAACUGGUGUGAUUUCAGUUAAUGUCCCACUACAGGCUUUUCUCCAUAGGUUCUACUACUGGCCUGAUCUCAGUUAAUGUCCCAAUUAUAGAAUAUUCCCAUAUGCUCUGCUAACUGGCCUGAUCUCAAUGUCCCAGCUAUGGAAUUUUCCCAUAUGCUCUGCUAACUGGCCUGAUCUCAGUUAAUGUCCCAAUUAUAGCAUUUUCCCAUAUGCUCUGCUAACUGGCCUGAUCUCAAUGCCCCAACUAUGGAAUUUUCCCAUAUGCUCUGUUAACUGGCCUGAUCUCAGUUAAUGCCCAAAUUAUGGAUUUUUCCUAUAUGCUCUGUUAACUGGCCUGAUCUCAGUUAAUGCCCCAAUUAUGGAUUUUUCCCAUAUGCUCUGCUAACCUGCCUGAUCUCAGUUAAUGCCCCAAUUAUGGAUUUUUCCCAUAUGCUCCAGCUAACUGGCCUGAUCUUAGUUAAUGCCCAAAUUAUUGAUUUUUCCCAUAUGCUCUGUUAAUUAUAACUGGCCAGAUCUCAGUUAAUGCCCAAAUUAUUGAUUUUUCCCAUAUGCUCUGUUAACUGGCCUGAUCUCAGUUAAUGCCCCAAUUAUGGAUUUUUCCCAUAUGCUCUGUUAACUGGCCUGAUCUCAGUUAAUGCCCCAAUUAUGGAUUUUUCCCAUAUGCUCGAGCUAAAUGGCCUGAUCUCAGUUAAUGUCCCAAUUACGGAUUUUUCCCAUAUGCUCAAGCUAACUGGCCUGAUCUUAGUUAAUGCCCCAAUUGUGGAUUUUUCCCAUAUGCGCGAGCUAACUGACCCGAUCUUAGUUAAUGCCCCAAUUAUGGAUUUUUUUCCCAUAUGCGCGAGCUAACUGGCCUGAUCUCAGUUAAUGCCCCAAUUAUGGAUUUUUCCCAUAUGCUCUGUUAACUGGCCUGAUCUCAGUUAAUGCCCCAAUUAUGGAUUUUUCCCAUAUGCUUGAGCUAACUGGCCUGAUCUCAGUUAAUGCCCCAAUUAUGGAUUUUUCCCAUAUGCUCUGCUAACUGGCCUGAUCUCAGUUAAUGCCCCAAUUAUUGACUUUUCCCAUAGGCGCUGCUAACUGGCCUGAUCUCAAUUAAUGUCCCAAUUAUGGAUUUUUCCCAUAUGCUCUGCUAACUGACCUGAUCUCAGUUAAUGUCCCAAUUAUGGAUUUUUUCCAUAUGCUCUGUUAACUGGCCUGAUCUCAAUGUCCCAAUUAUGGAUUUUUCCCAUGUGCUCUGUUAACUGGCCUGAUCUCAGUUAAUGCCCCAAUUAUGGAUUUUUCCCAUAUGCUCUGCUAACUGACCUGAUCUCAGUUAAUGCCCCAAUUAUGGAUUUUUCCCGUAUGCUCUGCUAACUGGCCUGAUCUCAGUUAAUGUCCCAAUUAUGGAUUUUUCCCAUAAUUAUGCUCUGCUAACUGACCUGAUCUCAGUCAAUGCCCCAAUUAUGGAUUUUUCCCAUAUGCUCUGCUAACUGGCCUGAUCUCAGUUAAUAUCCCAAUACAGGCUUUUCCCCAUAGGUUCUGCUAACUGGCCUGGUUUCAUUUCAUGUCCCAAUACAGGAAUUUUCCCAUACGCUUUGCUAUGCUUACAGGCCUAAUAACCAUUUAGAUAUUUAAAUGUAUUUGGUUUUGGUUGUCUAGUGGUACACCCACAACCAACUCCAACAACCACAAGCUAAUGUAUAAGAAAGUAACUGUCCAUGUGUGCUUUUAUAUUUACAUUUUAUCAGCCCCAGGAAACAAAAGGUGUAGAAUUAAUUUGUUGAAAUUUUAAUGUGCAGGGAAAAACACAAGAUCUUUGUCAAAUUUGAGUAUAGGCCUGAUCAGAAUGCAGCCAAACUUGUCUGAAAAGACUGCCCUUUGGAAGUGUUUUUCUUGAUAGAUAGUCUUUCGACACAGAUAAGUUAGCACUGAUAAAACAGAAAGACUUCAAAGAGAAAAUAACAGCCUUUAAACAGGUUUUGUAAAAGUGGAUUUUAUUUAGAGAUGAUGAUUGACACAAGAUUGACUGUAGUAGCUCAACAGUUGCCUGAUUUAUCAAAACUUGCCAUAUUUCACUAUGUUACACUAUCACCUUCGUUUUUAAAUUAUUUACCAGUCUUAAACCUGUAUAUCUACAAGAUCUCUUUCAAGGUCUAUAAAUGGUCAGAUCAUAAUUGUUAUAAUACUUCAUCAAGGAAUUACUAGUAAGUGCCUUUAAUUUAUAAAAAAUGCCAUAUUUCACUACACUAAAUGUUUACAUCCUUGCAACUUAAUAUCUUAAGUUUAUCAAGAUAUUAAGUUCAUCUUAUGGUACCAGCUCAAAAAUUUUCUUAUUAACCAUACAAAGUCAUGUACUUGGACAGAAUGAGCCCCAUGUGGUUCUGGGCCGAUCUGUGUAUGAAAAGAAUUGGAACCACUGCCUUAUCCUUGCAUGAUCGUAAGAGGCGACUAAUAGGGUCUUAACACUUGGUUCUGCAGUAACUCUGUGAUUCCAGCAGGUAUGCAAAUUUUGAUUCCAUACCUCAUGUUUUUAUUUCGAUGUAGAUGAGAUGUGGAACCAAAAUUUGUAGUUCUGUUUGGCGCAAUAUAUAACCUAUACUGUGUUGGUGCGCCGUAAAACCCAAAUGAAUAAAUAAAUAAAUGGACAGAAUGAGAUUUCGAUAUGACCAUGUUAUACUGUGAGUUCGUGUAGAGAAAUGUGCUCAUGAUUUAGAAAAACUCUUCCUGUUUUACUACUGAAUUGCCCACUGCAAAGAUAACACUUCUUCAUUAUUACUUUUUAUUAAUGUUCACGGAUAUGUAAGCUGUGAGCAAUAGGUGGUAAAGUAAAACUAUUGAGCAGUUUUAUGCUCUUGAUUAAGCAAUAAUUGUAAUGUACCAUAACUGACUGGGCUAUAACUAUGUGAAUUCUGAGUGUGUGUACCAGUAAAGUUUUAUCUCUCUGGCAUAUUGACGUUGCUAUUGAGAAAAAGUGAAUCAGGUGAGCGAUGUAGGGCCAUCAUCAUUAUUAAUUGGAAAAAAAAAAUUUUAUGUACACAUAUCAUGUACUUUAAUUCCUGUUAUAUAAUGUUUUAUAGGCAGAACAAAGUAUCGUGUAUAAUACAGACGUUAUUUUUGCGUUUAGUAAAGGUAUAUUCGCUCCAAAUUUCGUAUUUAAAAUUAAAAUCACGAACACUUUCUUCGUAUAAUGCACCUGUCAAUAUUUUGCCCGCCCGGGGGAGCGGCGGGCAUACACGGGACUUUAGACAGAAGACCAUUCCCGACAGGCGGGAAUUUGACAAACAUUUGAUGUACCAACCAGGCUCUAGGGUGGGAUUUAGACAAAAAAGGUUGUCUCUAGGGUGGGGAUUUAGACAACAAAAUUUUCGAAAUGUCAAAUUCCCCAGGGUCAGCCCGACACCUCCCCGGACGGGCAAAAUAUUGACAGGUGCAUAAUUUUUGUAAAAUGAAAGAUGGCAAUAAAGAACGUACGCAUCAUUUUGCUACUGUAA